AUGACCACCAUGAAAGGAAGCUGCCUCCUCUCACUGCUGUUGGCAGGACUUGGGGUAUUAGGAAUACUGGAGCCAACAACAACAGAAGAUACCCACUGCCACAGAGCUGAGCACCCAGUUAUUGCAUACAAAGAAAUUGCCCCUUGGUUACAUGUGUUCAGAGCAGAAGAUGCUGUGGACUUCUCACAGUUAACGUUUGACCCAGGACAAAAAGAGCUUAUUGCUGGAGCAAGAAACUACCUCUUCAGGUUGCAGCUUGAGGAUCUCUCUCUAAUACAGGCAGUGGAAUGGCAAUGUGAUGAAGCUACUAAAAGAGCCUGUUACAGUAAAGGCAAAUCAAAGGAGGAAUGCCAGAACUACAUUCGAGUGCUCCUUGUUGGAGGCAACCAUCUCUUUACCUGUGGAACCAACGCGUUCACUCCUAUCUGCACCAAUCGGACGUUAAGCAACUUGACAGAGAUACAUGAUCAAAUCAGUGGCAUGGCUCGUUGUCCUUACAGUCCUCAGCACAACUCCACUGCUCUUCUCACUUCCAGUGGGGAAUUAUAUGCUGCUACAGCCAUGGAUUUUCCAGGAAGGGAUCCUGCCAUUUAUCGCAGUCUGGGGGCCCUUCCUCCUCUCCGCACUGCCCAGUACAACUCCAAGUGGCUGAAUGAGCCAAAUUUUGUGUCAUCUUAUGACAUUGGGAACUUCACCUACUUCUUCUUCCGGGAGAAUGCAGUGGAACAUGACUGUGGGAAAACAGUCUUCUCUCGUGCUGCUCGGGUGUGCAAAAAUGAUAUUGGUGGCAAGUUCGUGCUGGAGGAUACCUGGACUACAUUCAUGAAAGCUCGGCUGAACUGCUCUCGCCCUGGGGAAAUUCCUUUUUACUAUAACGAACUACAGAGCACUUUCUUCCUGCCAGAAUUGGACUUGAUCUAUGGGAUUUUUACCACUAAUGUGAACAGCAUAGCAGCAUCAGCGGUUUGUGUUUUCAACCUGAGUGCCAUAAGUCAGGCCUUCAAUGGACCCUUCAAAUACCAGGAAAACUCUCGCUCUGCUUGGCUUCCGUAUCCCAACCCUAACCCUAAUUUUCAGUGUGGCACCAUGGACCAGGGUUUAUAUGUAAAUCUGACUGAAAGAAAUCUUCAGGAUGCUCAAAAAUUCUUCUUAAUGCAUGAGGUUGUUCAACCAGUUAUUCCAAUUCCUUACUUCAUGGAAGACAACAGCCGAUUUUCCCAUGUGGUUGUGGAUGUCGUACAGGGCAAGGACAUGCUUUUCCAUAUCAUCUAUCUUGCCACAGACUAUGGCACUAUUAAGAAAGUGCUUGCCCCGAUGAACCAGACUUCAAGCAGCUGCCUGCUCGAGGAAAUUGAACUCCUGCCAAAAAGUCAGCGAGAGCCCAUCAGGAGCCUGCAGAUCCUGCACAGCCAGAGUGUCCUUUUUGUGGGCCUUCAGGAACAUGUCAUUAAGGUUCCUCUGAAGAGAUGUCCCUUUUACAAAACAUACAGUGCAUGCAUUGGAUCCCAAGACCCUUACUGUGGCUGGGACAUGGUGAUGAAGAAAUGCACAACACUGGAAGAAAGUCUGAGCAUGAGUCAAUGGGAGCAAAGUAUUACUGUGUGUCCAAUGAGGAAUCUGACAGUGGAUGGGCAUUUUGGAACGUGGUCGCAGUGGAAACCUUGCACUCACACCGAUGGUGCCAGUGUUGGCUCCUGCCUCUGCAGGACACGUGUGUGUGACAGUCCUGCUCCUCAGUGUGGAGGCUGGCUGUGUGAAGGACCAACCAUGGAGAUUGCCAACUGUUCCAGAAAUGGAGGCUGGACACCAUGGACUUCUUGGUCACCUUGUAGUACCACUUGUGGAAUAGGCUUUCAAGUUCGUCAGCGUUCCUGCAGCAAUCCAGCCCCUCGACAUGGAGGACGUGUCUGUGUGGGACAGAAUCGUGAGGAGAGGUACUGCAAUGAGCAUUUGUUGUGCCCCCCUCAUGUGUUUUGGACAGGCUGGGGUCCGUGGGAGCGCUGCACUGCUCAGUGCGGAGGAGGGAUCCAGGCGCGCCGUAGGACAUGUGAAAAUGGUCCUGACUGUCCUGGCUGCAGCGUGGAAUAUCAGCCUUGUAACACCAAUGCCUGUCCAGAGUUAAAAAAGACAACUCCCUGGACGCCUUGGACCCCAGUCAACAUUUCAGACAACGGUGGCCACUAUGAACAACGUUUCCGUUACACCUGCAAAGCGCGCUUGCCUGACCCAAAUUUGCUAGAGGUGGGAAGGCAAAGGAUUGAAAUGCGUUAUUGUUCCAGCGAUGGCACCAGUGGAUGCUCGACAGAUGGUUUGUCAGGGGAUUUCUUGCGCUCUGGACGAUACUCUGCUCAUACCAUCAAUGGUGCCUGGUCACCCUGGUCUCCAUGGUCUCAGUGCAGUCGUGACUGCAGUAGAGGUAUACGGAAUCGGAAACGGGUCUGCAGCAAUCCUGAGCCCAAGUACGGGGGACUUCCUUGCCUCGGCCCUGCUCUAGAGUACCAGGAAUGCAACAUUUUGCCUUGUCCAGUGGAUGGAGGCUGGUCCUGUUGGUCGUCUUGGUCAAAGUGCUCAGCAACUUGUGGAGGAGGGCAUUACAUGAGAACCCGCUCCUGCACAAACCCAGCACCAGCAUAUGGAGGAGAUAUCUGCCUUGGACUGCACACUGAAGAAGCACUCUGCAACACACAGCCGUGUCCAGACAGCUGGUCAGAGUGGUCCGAGUGGUCCGACUGCGACUCGUCCGGCCUCCAGUUCCGCGUUCGUCAGUGCAUCGUUCUCUUUCCCGUGGGCAGCCAGUGCACGGGCAACACCACGGAGAGCCGAGCCUGUGCUUUGGAUUCCAACUUUAUACCAGAAAUAUCAGUGGCACGAUCCAGCAGCAUAGAAGAAAAACGAUGUGGCGAGUUCAACAUGUUUCACAUGAUUGCAGUAGGAUUGAGUAGCUCAAUACUUGGUUGCCUUCUUACCCUGCUUGUUUAUACUUACUGCCAACGAUAUCAACAACAGUCCCAUGACGCAACUGUCAUCCAUCCUGUGUCACCAGCUCCUCUAAAUACCAGCAUUACCAACCAUAUCAACAAACUGGACAAAUAUGAUUCUGUAGAAGCCAUCAAGGCAUUUAACAAGAACAACCUGAUUCUGGAGGAGAGAAACAAGUACUUCAAUCCACAUCUUACUGCAAAGACUUAUUCUAAUACCUAUUUUACAGAUUUCAAUAAUUAUGAUGAGUACUAA